GACAUAAGACUGAUUGAUAAAACCUUCUGUCAAAAUAACCUAUAAGUACAAAUGUUAAAAGAAUAGAAAACAUACUCAUUUAUUAUUAAACAUUUUAUCAAUAGAAUCACAAAUAAAACAAAUAAAAAGCUCACAUCAUGUCAGCGGCAAAGCGUGUGCAGCAAUGGGCCACCUUUGCACGUACCUGGCAUAUUUUCGACUGCAAAUGGCAAGACCCAUACCAGUCGGCAAACGUUAUCAAAAAGUAUUUAAUGGGCAUGCAUAAACCAAUUUAUCAUCCAAUGAAUGAUUGUGGAGAUGUUGUCGUUUGUAUAAACAGCAGAGAAAUAGCUUUACGAGGUGAUGAAUGGAGAAAACGAGCGUAUUUCCACCACACAGGCUAUCCUGGAGGAGCUUCUUGGACUUUAGCAUGGGAAGUUCACAACAAGGAUCCAACAAUGAUUAUAAAGAAAGCUGUGUAUAGAUCAAUGAACGGCAACCUUCAGAGACGACACACAAUGCAGAGAUUGUUUAUUUAUCCCGGUGAAGAGGUACCUAAUGAUGUGAUGCAAAAUGUGACCAAUCAAAUUAGACAAUUACGUCUGGUACCCACAAGACUCGAUCAUAUACCUGAGGAAGAUGUCCAGAAAUUCCCCAAAGUCAUGGAAUAUCCCAGUGAUUAUGUGCUUAAAUAAGUUUUGGUUUAUAUUAGUUAUUCUUAUAGAUAGAUGUUAAUAUAGAAAAUAAAUUGUAAUGAA